CUUUGCCCAAAUGAUCAUGAUGCUUUGUAAAUUUGCCUGGACUUUUUGUCUCCUUGUUUUCUCCAUAAGCGGCAGUACAGGUAAAAGCCUCUUUCUUUCCGUUUUGCUAUUGUUUUCAUAGAUUCUCUGUAGAUUAAAUUAGCGACGAGCACAUGAACUCAAGGCGCUCUUAACAUCUUUCUACGACAUUCUUUUUAGUUUUUACUAUUAUUACUUUUAAAAACGCGUUUUUCCUUGAUAUUCCUCACUUAAAGAGAGCAACUUUAAACUGUAUUUUUCGCCCAAAACAUAUAACUGUUUCAGUAAUUCGAUUCAGUGUUGUAUAGGUAAUAGCGUGAUUUGUACUGAUAUUUGGCAUAAAUACCACAAGUGAUAUUUCGAAAUUGCUAUACGUAAUUUCACGAGCCGUUAGGCGAGUGAAAUUUAAGACAAUUUUGAAAUAUCACAAGUGGUAUUUAUGCCAAUAUCACGAACAAAUCCGAUGCUAUUAUUUGUUUAUACUACUACCCACGAAGGGUUUGUAUUAAAUUUUCACAUUCAGGUAUUUCAAAUUAAGCUGAAAUACCACUGCUCUAAGCCACUCAAAUUGUAGAAACUUCUCACGUAGUAGUAUAAGUUAAGAAAAAAAUUAGACGCCGUGGUAUUUUUAACAUCCAGUUUAUAAAUUUCCGAGGGAAGAAACGAAACCGAAAAUGAAAAAGGUUUUUCCCUUGCAUUCUUCAUUAAUAUUCAAACUUGUAAUCAUGGUCGACUCUCGUUUCUCUCGACAAAUUUCUCCUUCAGCCUUACUAGAAAAUUACAAGAGCGCUGGUGAAAAUGUCGAAAAUAAAAAAGCCAUGAGUUGAGCUAUAGGACAAGUCGACGGGAUUCUUUUCUGUAUGAGCCACGACCGGGCGCUAGGUUCGACUAAGUAGACUUUAAUUUCUCAAAGGCCAGUUUCUGCCGUCGCUCGCCUUCGGAGCUCACGCAGUCGACUUGCAAGUCUAGGUUCAUAAAAAAAAACCCUAUUGAAAUGACAUGAUAUUAUAGCCAACGUUCGAUAUAACAAACUUCUAACAUGACUGCAAGGCUUUAGGGACAUACCUAUAAAGGCGAUUUAUUAACGGGUAAAGACAUCAUGUUUUCGAGCGAAACUUUAAAACUAGGAAUUGUUUUGAAUGAAUAAUUAUAAAACAAUCAUUGAAUUCGGCUUUCGUAUUACCAGAAGAAUUAUGGAGAUCUCGGAGGAUUUUAACCCAUGACACCCUCAUCGAUCUUCAAAAUCAUUCAGAUGAUACUCAGCCACAUUCAAUAAUUGCCAAAUAUCAUAUACAUAGAAAAUGGAAGUACAAAAGUUUGUAAACACUUGUACAGACAACUAUGCACAAUGGAAGUCUAGACAAUAGUAUUUUUUUCAGCUGCUCAGGAAUACACUUUCCAUGUUGAACCAAAACUCACAACUAAAAUCAAUUAUCAGCAACACUAGAGUGAUACAUAGUCAACGUAAGCCUCGAAACCUGAAAUGGAUACUCCCAAACUCCUACUUCUCCAAGAUAGACAACACUAAACCGGAAGUUAAAACUUGUGGAAUAAAGCGAUGCAGAACUUGCCCCUAAUUUACCUUCUCCGCCACAAGUGAGACAUUCCGGGUGAAAACGUCAAUGAGUUUCACCUCUACAAAUGUGAUCUAUGUGGACUAAAAUUAUAUAGGGGAAACGGGUGAUGAUCCAAGAAAUAGAGUGACGGUUCACAAACUACAAAUCAGAUACCCGCAUACACGAAUGUUGGGGGUCAGUAAACACAUUGAUGAAUAUGCAGUAGGUCUAAAACGAAAAUUCACUAUUUUCCCAUUUUAUAAAGUACUUAGUUCUCCGGGAACAUUAGAAAAAAACAAAAAAAGGUAUUUAUUUUGAAAUAUACAGGGUGUUUCAAAAGUUCGUUCCGAUUUUUUCUUUGCUUAAAUUUCACUGAUUAUUUUUUUGUAAAACUAAGCAUGUUAUUCAUUAUUCAUUUAACAUUGACUAACUUGAAUAUUAGUAACCAGAAUGUCUUCCUUUAUAUUUUCUGACAUUUUCUAGGCGGUGAGGUAUAGAAUGUACGAGCUCCCAAAGCGUGUCUAUAAAUUCACAUUUUUCCAGGCGAAGCGUAGACGCUGUCUUAGCUCGUCCAGUAUUUUUGGAGCUGGAUCUUUGUAUGUUGUCCCAUCAACCAUAAUCCAGAUGGUCUCUAGAGUGUUCAAGUCACAUGCGUUUGCCGGCAGGUCGUACUUUGGUACAAAGUUUGCAAAUUCUUUUGAUACCAUGCCUGCAUGAAGUGUGCACCGCCUUUUUCCUCUUCAAGGCUUUCCAACCUCUUUUGGUCACAUAUCUCCAUACCGUUGUGCUCGAAAUUUUAAUUUUGUGAAGUUGAAGUCUUUCUGUCUUGUUGAAUUAUUACGCAUAUAUGUAAAGCUUUUUUCGAUAACAUUUCUCACGCAGUUUGUAACAAAAACCGGCUAUCUACCUGAUCUACUCCUUGGAUUGUCUUCUGAGGUUUUUACUUUUGACCACUUGUUCACUCAUCCUUCAGACUUCUUCAACAAUUUACCCAUUUCUUUGACUGAAUGGUCAGAAUACCGUAGCAAUAAGAUGACUGAGCUCAAGCACAAACAGUUUAGGCUUCAUUUUCGUGAAAGAGUAGAAAAAAUAAAAGAAAACGGCAAAAAUACGAAAAUAGAAAACCUUCAAAAUCGGCAGGAAAAAUAUGGCGGGAAAAAACUCGCGUACGUGCACUUUUGGGGCAAAAAUGAAAAAAUAUGACAUUUUCUUCAGAUUUUAGUUUGAACUACUGCUUUGAACGGUUGUGUAGAUAAAUGUCGUACCUGAAUCAGUUUACAUUUGCCUAAAGAAGCCUUAAUGGAAUAUGUGUGAAAAUCUUCAUUAUGAAUCGGUAUAUUUCAGAGAGCUACACAACGACCAAGAAUACUAUUGACCGACAAUACAAUAUACAGAACGGGGAAAGCUGUAGUGUCGACUAUUACUAGUUAUUAUAGCCAACAAUGAAACGCGAGACGAUAAUAACAACCGGCGCGUGACACCAACAGUGAAAUGAGAGCCAAACCACAUAUAGACUACCAGCGGUCUCUCUUUUUUCUUGGUCUGUCGAGCAAAACGCCCGAGACAGGCAAAUGACCACACCCGUGACUGAAGGCCGCCGCCCUCGUUUCUCGCAUCUCGCGGCUUCGCCGCUCAACGCUCGCGCGUGCGUGCACUCCCCUUACUAAAAGAGAGGCUUCUCGCAGUCUAAACCACAUAAAGAAUUGUGAAAUCAACAACGGUUUAAAGUGUCGACAGGACGUGUGGACUUAAACAUGGUGUUCGCAUCGUAAAAGACUUCCAUUUCACUUCGCAGCUGUAGUAAGUGUAGUAGUUGUAGUAGCUGCAGUAAGUGUAGUCAGGAGCCCAUGGUGUAGUAGCUUUGGCAGCUGUAGUACGUCUAGUAUCUGUAGUAACUGUCGCAGUUGUAGUAAGCGUAGUAGCUGUAGUUACUGUAGUAACUGUAUUGGCUGUAGCAACUGUAUCAGCUGUAGUAAGUGUAGUAGCUGUAGAAAGUGUAGUAUCUGUAGUAGUUCUAGUUAGUGUACUAGUUGUAGCAAGUGUAGUAUCUGUAGUAAGUGUAGUAAUUGUAAUAGCUGUAGUAGCUGUAGUGUAGUUAUUGUAGUAGCUACUAGAGAUACUACACUUACUACAGCUACUAUAGAUACUACACUUACUACAGCUACUAUAGAUACUACACUUACUACACUUACUACACAUACUACAGAUACUAUCAGCUACUACACUUACUACAGCUACUACAGAUACUACACUUACUACAACUAUUACACUUACUACAGCUACUACAGAUACUACAGUUACCACACUAACUGCAGCUAUUACACUUAAUACAGCUACAGAUACUACACUUACUACAGCUACUACAGCUACUACACUUACUACAAUUACUACAGCUACUACAGAUACUACACUUACUACAGCUACUACAGAUGCUACAGCUACUACACUUACUACAAUUACUACACUUACUACAGCUACUACAGAUACUAUCAGCUACUACACUUACGGAUCAUUAUCAGCAGCUGGCCGUAGGGUGUUAUAUAAAUUUAAUAAAUAAAAAUACGUAACUACGUAAAUUUAUUUAACGGGGUAAAAAUAUUUAUCGGCGGCUGGCAUAAUGAAAACAAACAGCAUUAUAUAAUUUUUUAAUAAAAAUACAUAACUUUAGCUUUAAAUCGUUUUAAGACUUAGUCGUUAAAUCUAUUUAAGCUUAAAUCGAUAUAAGCUUAAAUCGAUUUAAGACUUAGUCUAUUUCUUAAAUCGAUAUAAGCUUAAAUCGAUUUAAGAUUUAGUAUAUUUCCUAAAUCGAUUUAAGCUUAAAUCGAUUUAACCUUUAAAUCGAUUUAAGACUUAGUCUAUUUCUUAAAUCGAUUUAAGCUUAAAUCGUUUUAAGACUUAGUCGUUAAAUCCAUUUUUUCUUAAAUCGAUUUAAGCUUAGUCGUUAAAUCUGUUUAAGCUUAAAUCGAUUUAAGUUUAAAUCGUUGUAAGAGUUAGUCGUUAAAUCUAUUUAAGCUUAAAUCGAUAUAAGCUUAAAUCGUUUUAAGACUUAGUCGUUUAUUUCUUAAAUCGAUUUAAGCUUAAUCUUUUUAAGACUUAGUCGUUAAAUCUAUAUAAGCUUAAAUCGAUAUAAGCUUAAAUCUUUUUAAGACUUAGUCGUUUAUUUCUUAAAUCGUUUUAAGACUUAGAGACUUUUAAGACUUAUUUACAGUUAAAUCGAUUUAAGACUUAGUCGUAAAAUAAUCAAUUUAAGCUUAAAUCUAUUUAAGACUUAUUUAGUUAAAUUAAGGUUAAAUCGAUUUAAGAUUUCGUUGAAUUUGGUUGAAUUUAGUUUUGAUUUAAGGCUUAGUAUAUUUAUGGUUAAAUCGAUUUCGCUAAUGCCGAUAUUCAGUCAAAUUGAUCGAUUGUAAGUCUAUUUAAAUAAGUUGAUUUAUGGAGUCCAUAUGAUAAUUAAGACUGGGUCGUAAAUUAAUUUUUAAAUAUAAUUAUAUUCAUCGUUGUAAUAAGACGUUUUGAAAAAUUACGUCCCCUUGACAUUGUGACGUCUAAUUAUGACUCUGUUUUAUUAGUCUCAAAGUACUUCUUUCGGAACACUCACUUUUACCACUCCGAAAAAUACAUGUGGACGAAAACUAAACUUAUCUCUAUUUUAAAGUCUAAAAGGUAUAGAAGACUUUUAAAUUGGCACUUUUACACUCAGUGCACAAUACAGAUGAAAACCAAAGGCAAAAUCUGUUAUAACUAUUGAAAUCUGCUAAUAAUAAAUAAUAACCGAAAAAUCAAAUAAAUUCACAGUUUGAUUCUUGACGUUACACGAAUAGGAAGGACUGUCUUUUCCUAUCUCGUUCACUAUGAUUUCACCCCUAGUAAUAUCCGCCUUUUUUUGGCAGAAACUGGUUUGAAUUAAUUGUCACAAAGAAGUUCAAAGAACGAGAUCGCACUGCCGUUGUCUAAUAAUUGCGCCCAGCGAGCAAUGUGCCUGAAAUGUACAUUUCUUCUUAUUUUGUUCUUCACUUGCAUAUUUUAGGCAACACUAGAACGCAAAACUUUGAUCUUCCACACAUUUCUGGAAGCCAGACGGCCAAAAUAAGAAAAGUAUAUCCACCCAGUUUGCGCCCAGGCGAAGUUCCAAUCCUUGGGGGUCAAAACCAAGCAAAACCUUUUCAAAACGCCAAACAGUUAGGUUAAUACCGUAAAUCCCUUGAGGAGGCUCACUUGAGGAGGGGCUUAAUAGAGACGGGAGUGGGGGUUAUUUAAUUUAGAUAACAAGAUGGUAUAUAUUCUCCAAAGGGACUAGACCGCAAAGUAGAAAAACUCAAGUAAAAGAAAGUUGGAGGUCAUGUAGCCGACAAUCCGAAUCAAACCGAACUUCCAAGUUUUACAUUUGUGGUUGAUUGAUCCCAAUAAAUUAACAUUUAUUAGUGAACAAUAAUUGGGGGAAAAGGGGUUGUUCUUAAAGAUGGGGUGGCUAGAAGAGGAUUUACGGUAUUUCAUUUUUAUAGAAUACAGAGAGAGGACGGAUGUACUCAAGUAUAUUUAGGUUAUUAUGUACAUUUCCCAAAAGCAAUUAUCAUCUAUCAUCUACCAGGAGUGACUAGACGUGAAUAAAGAGAAAUCCAAAUAUCAAGUGAAGGACCGCGCCCCCUGUUCGAUUUAAGCUUCAUUUAACAAGGUCUUAAAUCGAUUUCACUAUAUAGAUUUAGAAAGAGAAAUUAUGAAUCUUUAGUAAAGCUCGGCCCUAACAAUGCCAUAUUGACCGUUAUGGCUUUAGGCAUACUGCCCGUCUUAGUUUGCUCGGUCAUCUGUCCCUUCUUAAACUCCAAAAGGGGUAUGUUAUAUACUUCUUUACCCUCACUGCUGCUCUCGACCAUGAAACUGCAAAGAGAAAAACGAGUUAGCUGAAAAGGUCGCAACACAGACGUCCCACUCCCAUCCUUUAUCCCCUUAGCCCCCACUGCGCCACUUAAGGUUUACAGAGUAUAAUAUAAAUUUCGGACAGGACGGUGUGUCCCUUUAAGAAUUUGCUGCAUGCAAACGUACCUCACUGACAAGUGGAUAGGCCUGUCUCCUCUUCAUUUUCAAGGCCGUAGUGGAUGAUGCCUCCUCGUCUUAUGCAGAACAGUCGCCACUUACGGCCCCACAUCUCAAAGCUUGGCGAACAUAUGUCGCCGUAGCAGUUCGGGAUACUCCAUGUGUAUGCUCCCGCCUCACCUGUUCUUCCUGUCUUAACAUGAAGCCACUUCUGUGAAAAAAAGUACCACAGGAGGCGUUAACAACAUCUUUCUUGGAUGAAAUACCAUAUCAGCAGGACAAUUGUUAUGCUUGUUUUUAGAUGAAAGCACGAAAAAACAUAAGGGGAACUCGAGGAGUUUCCAAGGUGCAUUGCAACUCUACGUACACUGUCGGCUAAAACAGCGAACCUUUUUUUUCUUUUUGCAACAAUCUGGCAACGAAGAACUUCAUUGUGAUCCAUAGGCAAAUGCGAAAAAAGAGUCGUAAUCCGUUUUCGUUUUAAUCAAAGCUUCAGAAAUGAGAAUGACGCGAGUGUUCCUCGAAACAAAAUUUUGGACGUAACGUUCCCCCAACGUUUUAAAUUUUCGCAAAAAGCAAGUUUACGUUUCUUACAAACAAAUUUCUUUUUUUUUUCUGCGCGGGGAGUGAGGAACAGAUAAAUUUUUCCCAGCAAUCACUCAAAAUACUUAAAAUGGCUUCAGAAAGCUUUAUUCAAGCUUUGUUGUAAGUUGUUUUUACGUCUUUUUCUCAAAAUUUCCCGUUGGAAAGUCUGAAGAAACCAGUCCACGAACGAGUAAAGUCAAUUGUCUUGUUAGCAACGACUUUCAGUUGUUGUGUAAGGGCUAUCUUUUUUCACGCUUAGUUUGGGUACUUAGCAAUGUUUAUUUCGUAUUUCGCGAAUUUCAGGUUGUUUGACUUAAUGACCGCAUCCGUCUGCCUGUCUGACAACUUAUGCUAUAAUUUCUUUCCAAGCAUUCAAUACAUGUUACAGCGCCGAUCGCAAUGGUUCUAUGACUAUGUAAUGAGGUUAUUUAUUCAGCUUCUUGUUUUUAAGUUUGUACUAAUUGUAACAAAACAAUUCGGGUUACAGAUACUAUAAUUUCACUCCAGAGACUCUGUUAAGAGGUUUCCUUCAAAUGUCUCCUAACAAUAAAAUUCUUCAUGGCAUUUCGGGCAAACUCACCAUUUUGCUGGCACUCCAAAGAAUGCGUUCGUUUUCCUCUUUAAGGAGGCUGUAGUGGCGGGACAUAUUUUCAUCCUCGUGCUUUUUCCUGUCCUUCCUCCUGAGCGUUUCUCCACAUCCCUUGACGGUGCAUUUCUGCACUUUGGCGGGGCAUUGUAGUGUAUGAGAUGGGAGAAGAUACCUUGGGAGAUCAAUUAAUAAUGAGGAUUACUCCAUUACUCACUAGUACACAAGCGUUCUCAAACUCUUCUUUUGUUAUUAAUUUUAUAUAGCCGCCCCAAGAAGCUGUGAACCUGUUUUCCUUUCUCUUCUGCAUAUGUUAUAUAAAACCGUUUUAAUGAUGGCUCUAUGAGCUGUCUUAGGCUGGGACCAGGCUCCGCAUUGGGGGAAAAAUGGAAAAUUAAAUGUCCGCUUUGAUAACCAAAAAAAAAGAAAAAAAUAGGAGCGUAAAGGAAGCCGAGAGAUGAGGGUCUCCAGCGGUCAGGCCUGGGAAAGGGUGGCUGAGGCUCCGCCGCCCUUCUCUCUUCCCCAAUUCACCGCUCAACUCGAUUCGCUCGCCUAAAUUCUUUUUCCUGUUUGACCCCUUUCUUGACUCCCCCCCCGCCCCCUGCAAACCUGCAGAGCCUAGUCCCAGGUUAGAGCCCUCCUCUGCUAAUUCCAAUUUCGUCUAUCGUCGACAUUUUUCAGUUGAAACGAUCUUUUCUCGCCAAAACUCCAAUGACGACAAACUGACGGCAUACUAGCCCAGAGGUGUAUAUAUUACAUAAACUAUUGUAUUUGCUUGAUAGAAUCUGUACAGAAUGUCCUGAAAAGACAUAACAAUAAAUCUUAGUCUUCUAUUCUCACCCGCGCGGUUUUGUAGCCCACCGGAAUUGAAAUUUCACUCUUUUGGUAGGUUAAAACACGAUGAAGAAAAAUCGCUAUCGAAAUAUUAUUUUUGCUUUCCUUAUCAAUACACUGUACAGAUUCUAUAGAGCAAACAAAAAAUUUCUGUCACAUACACUUUUAACGUACCUUUCUACCAAUUCGCCGCAAUCGAAUGGGCAUUGUAUCUGUUUAAAACUGCAAAGAUGCUGGUGGUGUUCCUCGUCUUUUUGUUGAACUUUUCGCCACAGUUGCAGAUUAUUUCCCGCAUGGGGCAAUCGUAGCCAUCUUGGUGUUUUCUCUGCAGUUUUUCACUGCAGAGAAGGCACACCACUUCAACUUCUGAACAUCGCCCUAGAUGGUCUUUGGCAGCGUCCAGUUUGAUCCUUCCCUUGCAGGCUAGGCAUUCACCAUCAAUUGCAGUGAUUAGAUUGCUUGCAAAAAUAUUUUUGCAAAAGGCGAUCACCACUUGGCGGCACAUCGCACACUGAAUGGCACGGGAUGUUUGCUGGAAUCGGUAAACGCAUUCGCCGCAAAACGUGUGACCACAUGGCGUGGCUAUUUGUGCGUCGAGUAGAGGCUUCUUGCUAACAAAGCAGAAUUAACAUACACUUUAGAAUGCUGCGAUCAUCUAAUAUCAUUGCGAACGAAAAAAAUUCUCUCGCAUCACAAAAGUUAAAUUCCAAAUGGAUACCAAGGACAGAGCUCUGCAAUGCGUGCGAAAUGAUUACAAUGUGAUUUCAAAAGUAACUAAAUUGUCAAUUACUUACCACACAUUACAAAGAUACUCUUGGGGAAGUUCCUCGCUAUAACCGAUAAGAUCGAAUAGGUCAGUUCCUGGUAGAGAGAAGCUCAUCGUUCAGCGCAAUCGUUUACUCUCGUAAAGUAGUAGGCGUAGUAGAAGCGUCUCAGAUAUUAGAUGUGCGAUGAUUCACUGAGUGACGCUAAAAUCGGAAGCUGAUCAUAUUUCUUAAAACAAAGGGCUUUUACUCCCAAGUGACCAUUGGGAAAUUUGCUACCCAUUCUGUUAUCAUGUUAUUGAAUGGCCAUGAUUUUUUUUUUCUGCUUGCUGUCCGCCUCUGCUUUUCUCUUAAAGGCUCUAAGAUCGGGUGGGCAUGACGCAAAAGUGAAAUGCACGCGAAAUAUUAGCGCCCGAUCCGCGUAAAAAGGGUGGAUCAUUUGUUAUUAUGGCUCUUCCGCCCAUUGUCACAUCGGUUAUCAAACUGGAAAAUGUUUAAUUUGAUCUAAAAAUUUUCCUCGCGAGUAUCUGGCGCUCUUAAAAUCCCCAAAAUGUUUGUAAGAAAUUUCAUGUGUUUCAGUUCCAGCCUAUUUGAGAUUCAUCGUUUUGUGGACAUUUCGGUUUCAAUUUGUGCUGAAGCAACAUCUAAAUUUUUUGCCUUGAAUGAAGCCGUAUUUGGUCUCAAGGGUCGGUUCUAGCAAUUGACGCUGCUGAGUUACAAGAAAAUAGCGGUUUCGUGAAGCCAUUAGUCUAGUUUUUUUUUUUUCUGAAAUGAGUGCAUCCGAAUUACUCUAUGUCACAUAUUUGUUUUGUUAUGCUCUCCUCAUUUCCUUAGAGUCGAUUGCAGUUAGAAUGGUCCCUGGAAAAAAACGUGGGUCUUGAAUUCUGAAACCGAGGUCUCGCCAGGUCUCGAAACUACCAUUCUGUACCCCUCGUAUUGAGUGGGUUAUGUUAUUAAAGCCAAAAACCACCUUCCGGUAGCACAAAAAAGGGGGGCAUUAGCUUCGACAAAUUAAGUGUGCCGUAUAACUUUAACGUUGCUUAUUCCGCUUAUUAAAUACACGGAAGUUACAUUUUAAAAGUCGCUCAUCAAAAUUACUCCUCAACCCUUUCUCGCGUCUAAACUGGCGUUCUCUCCCGAUCAAAGCACUCUAUGUUUUAUCCACAACUCGUACAACAUAAAUUGUCGGAUAUGAUGAAUACCUUCAACAAGCUAAUGGGAGUAUCGACUCUAUGAUAGUGAAGAAAGCGACCCGAGAAAGUUAAGUCUCUCACGAAACGGAUUAUUCUAAACAAGAGACAAAAGAGAUUGAACAAAAAGACUAAGAAAACUGCGCACGGCUGAUAUAUAUAGAUAAAAAAUAUAUGCAGUUAAAACAGAUUAAAAAAUUCAUUAAAUAAUUAAGAAAAAGAUCUUUAGUUUCCCUUGCAGGAGUGAGAAGUCAAGGAAGGAUUUCUUUGGUUUGAUAAAAGUAGUUGGGCUGUAACUUUCCGUCGCACCUGUAAAAUAAAACGAUCUUUUUGCGACCGCUUGCUUCACUUUCGGUAUAUGAAUAUCAUUGUAGCGUCUAGAUGUUACGGAGUGUACAGAAGCAUUUAAAUUAAAAUAGUUAUUCAAAUAGGGUGGAACUGAACCGUGAAGGCAUUUUUCUUGUUAACAAAACAAUGUGAGUUACGCCUAUUAACCAAGGCACUAAACCGAAGGUUUCAUUCAGUUCCAGUGUAGUAUCGAGACCAGAAUUUCCAAAAAUUAACUUCGCGGCUCUAUGCUGUAAACUCUCGAGAGCAUCAGGGUUAACUUUUCCACACCCGUGCCAGGCCACCUCACAGUAAUCAAAAAUGGGUGAAAUCAUCUUCUUGUCGAGGCGUUCAGCUGCAACCAUGGGAAUAGAGAUUCUCAAAGGCCUAAGAACACCCAAUUUUCUUGAAUAAAACGUUGUUGACUACGUGCGCAAUGUUGUUGGUAAAGUUCAAGUGCUGAUCAAUCACGACGCCAACAUAUUUGAAAGAGUCGGGUGCAGUCACAGAAGAUCCGUUGUAGGAUAAGCUUAUACUAUCUUACCUCUUGAGCCGUUGGUAUGCACUAUAAAUAACAUAUUCCGUCUUGCUCAUUUUCAGAAAUAGCUUGUUUUCUUAAUACACGUUGUUUUAAAUCAGCUUUGCAGUAGUCUUUGGACUUCUCGUUCUUGUUUUCUUGCAUCCACGAAGAAGUAUGGUUGAUAUCAGGGUUAAGACAAUUUGCUUCUAACUCAGUAGCAGUUUUAGCGGCAAACUCAAAACUACAUCGUCAGCAUCCGGCAAAACUUGUGAGAAACAAAUACAAGAGGAUCCUUGGUACCGCCUUCUUUAAAAUGAAGUUCAGAAACUCCUCCAGGUGCAGCUCAACUUUUUGAUUAAUAAAUACAAAGAGAACGGAGAUUCGCUAGGUUCGCGUGAGCUCCGGAGUGGUGCUCUUUUAUAUAGUAUAUGCAAUAGAUGUGAGAUAUGAAGAAAGACUAUCUUCCGAAAAGUAAUGGGACUCCCAAAAAGUUCUUAAAGAUACAGAAGGAUUCGAAUCAACCGAACUAGCUAUCGACAAGUGAAAACUCUAGCUUAUCGAAUGUUUGUCAACCAUGCAAUUCCCGAACACAAAGACUAAUACUUUCACUUUAACAUCUCUAAUUAUAGCAUUUCAGUCUUGUGAAACUUUGUCGUGAUUGCUCUCAUUAAACUAAAAUGAAAUUAUGCUUAGUUUUCUCUUUUUACGGCCCACUUGCCGCAUGAGCUAUAUAGAUACAUUUUAUUUUUCUGAGAAUUCUACAAGAAUAAUACAGAAUUCAAAGAGAAAGGGGUUAUUGCCGCGCCCCCUUCUGCCUACCCACUUCAUUCAGAAUUUCAAUCCAUAGCCAAUUACUCGUGUAAAUUUUAUAGCGAUCGGACAAGGAAAAAGCACUUUUAAGGCGAUUGAAAAAUAUCGGUAUGGCCUUUGAAAAACUUUAUCGAAACAAACUAACAUUGCAAAAUUCAUGCAAAACAAGGCGGAGUCAAGGGGUGGGCAGAAGGGGUGCUUAGAGCUUUAAGCUUAGAGUAAUUAUCUUGUCCACAAAUUUGGAAUAUCGAACAAGAGAAAGACAGAGAAAAAAAGAAAGUGGGCGGCAGGCCAGCGAAACUCUACGAGAAAAAGGGGGUCAGAGCUGUAGAGUGAGAGAUAAAAAAGACAUUUUUCCCUAGAAUUUUGUAGCGGAGGUGACAAAAUGAGAAAUGCUAGCGGCCACCAAUGCAAGGUGAAAAAGAGCGGUAGUGAAAAAUAGUGAACGAGAACAAGUACGACAUUUCCUCGAUAAAACGUGUAACUUAGGAGUUUUCUUGCAGUCGUGCACGACAACGGCAAAGAAAUGUACAAAAAAGUGUGCUGCACGUGCAAGGUUGCUUUUUUUGCUAAUUAGACCUAUCGUUUUUUCGCCGUUCUCGUUGCCUUAGCAUUACACGAUUUUAUAUUUUGUUUGAACGAAUUAUAUAUAUUAUCGAGAGCUUCGCUUUUAGCCCUGGCUGGUUAAACACUUUGCGACCUGAUACGCAUGAUUCUCAAUAUGAACAACUUCUCUUGCAAUGACAAACAUUACUUAUAGACACAUGGUACCGCUAUGGGGACAGUGAUAGCUCCGUCAUACGCCAACCUUUUCCUCGCCAAAUUCGACACGGAUGCCUUAUCACGUGCCCCUCUCCAGCCCUUCAUAUGGUGGCGUUAUAUAGACGACAUCUUCAUGAUAUGGACGUGAUACUUCCCUUCUCAAUUACAUUCACCCCACCAUAAAAUUCACAUACGACUAUUCCUUCACAUCCAUACCCUUUCUCGAUGUCAACGUCUCACUUGACAAUGGCACAAUCGUCACUAACCUUUACACCAAACCUACAGACAAAAACGAAUACUUACUACAUUCGUCAUGUCAUCCCAUACACACCUGAACGUGCUAUUUCUUUCAGUCUAGCUCUUAGACUCCGCCACAUUUGUUAAACCAACGAGACCUUCACACUACGUACCAAUGAAAUUAUUUACUAUCUUAACAAAUGUGUUUAUAACCUCUAUUUCCUUCAACGGGAAAUACAGCAAGUUAACAAUAUCACACGGACAGAAGCACUUACGCCCCAUGACACUUGUACACUGGACAAACAAGAAAGUGUUCCCUUUGUUAUCACCUACAACCCAACCCUUCGUUUCAUCUCUUUCAUUAUUCGCAAACACUUUCAAAUCCUUAUUUCAUCCCCCCCGUUGCUAUAACGUCUUUAAAGCUGCACCCAUUGUAGCUUAUAGACGUAGUAGUAACCUCAGUGAUUUUGUAGUUAGGGCCAAACUUCGAAAUUUCACACAACUCAACCAGCCCCGGGGCUGAUACCCAUGCGGAAAAAACCGUAGCACUUGUAAAAACAUAUCUGAACGACAAACGUCAUACACAUUCCACGCUACAGGCGAAACCAGACCUAUCACUAAUCACAUUGACUGUAACUCCAAAAACGUCAUUUACGUGAUACACGGCAACCACUGCUCCAAACAAUACACGACGACUUAAAGACCGCUUCAACGAUGAACACCGCAGACCAGUUGAAAACCCAUCUAUUAUCUCUAAACCCACCACAGUCUCAGGACACUUUCUUACUAAUGAUCGAUCUUCCUGCUAACGACGUCACACUUAUCCCACUAGAGCUCAUUAAAUCUAAUAGAGACAGUGUACAAAAAGGUAGAGAAGCGUACCUCAUCGACAGAGGUAAAAGAGGUAAAACUCUUGAACCUUGAGGUAUGAAUGAGAAAGAUGAAAUGUACUACAGUCUGCAUUUCUUCUACUUGUUAUCAUUUUCGUAUACUAUUUUUACAUUUCAAAUUUCUUUCCAAUCACUACUUCAACGGUUUUGGUUGUGAAUGUUCACUUUUUUCUCAUUUCAUAUUUCACGUGUUAUCAAAUUGCACGCUAUUCUUCAUUUCAAAUGGUAACGUCUUAGCUUAACUUAACGAAAUAUUGGCAAAAAUAUAUAUAUAUAUAUUCCCGACUGUAAAAUCAUUGAAUUAAAAUAUGAAAGAAAUAACGAAGAGGAUUCCGGUCUAAAGCAUUAGAUCCUAUCGGCCAAAACCGCCUGGACACCUUAACACUAGUAAAGUUUACUCAACGUAGUAUUCUUUAUUGCUUCUUCACUACACUGAUUUCAUAGAUUUCUGUUUUCAGUCGUAACAUUUUUUAAAACGCACUUAGAUUGAGCGCGAGGCGCGAAAACUAAGAAAUCAAGCUAUUAUCAUUGAAAGGACGGGCUUGUUACAUUUAUUAACUAUUUGCAUUCAGUUUGGCACAGGUAGUUUUGAAGACAAUUCUAGGCAAUUUUGACUCCUUCGAACAUAUAUUUUACAGUCGUUGAAUGUCCCUGUAUUAUUUUCAAACCGUGUUGUUCUUCACGACUUGGUUGAAACAUUAAGGCCCGGGGAGAAGACCUGACCCAUUUUUUUUCUUAUUGAAUGAAGAACACUUUACUUUUCACCUACAGUACAAACAUGCUGGUACGUUUGCUAACUGUCUUACCCCAAAAAUCCGAAAAUGUGCGACCCCAUCCUAGUAACUCUAUUGAAAAUGUGACCCCCAUUAUAGUCAAUCCAGUCGUGAAAAUGUGAUCCCAUCCAGCGGAACGUUCCCACUAACGUCUUAUGAGGAGGUACCCCCCGCCCCCACUUCCCCGGGCAUGGAUUUCACAAGAGGGUGUGAAUGGGGUUAAUCGACUGACGACAAAGGGCGAAAAAUAUUACCGACUACCGACAAAACGAGUAAAAAAUUAUUGAUUACCGACAGGAAAAAUAUUAACCGACUACCGACAUGGGCUGACAUUAUCAAUAUCUCUAACCCUAACCUCCAACUUUCUUUUACUUGAGUUGUUCUACUUUGUGGUCUAGUCCCUUUGGAGAAUAGAUACCAUCUUCUUAUCUAAAUUAAAUAAUCCCCCCCUCCUCCUGUCUCUAUUAAGCCCCUCCUCAAGUGAGCUUGAAAGAAAUAAACCACAAAGGAAUGUCUGCAAGAUCAAAGUUUUGCGUUCAAAGUUCUGGUGUUGCCUAAAAUGUGCAAGUGAAGAAAACAAUACGAAUAAAUGUACAUUCCAGGCACAUUGCUCGUUGGGCGUAAUUAUUAGACAACGGCAGUGCAAUUGCGUUCUUUGAACUUCUUUGUGAUAAUUAAUUCAAACCAGUUUCUCGCAAAAAAGGCAGAUAUUAAUAGGGGUGGAAUCAAAGUGAACGAGAUAUGAAAAGACAGUCCUUUAUACAUUUAGCAGAUCCCAGAUUUCAAUAGUUAUAAGAGAGUUGGCCUUUGGUUUUCAUCUGUAUUAUGCACUGAGUGUAAAAGUGCCAUUUUAUAAGUCUUCUAUAACUUUUAGACUUUUAAAUAGAGAUAAGUUUAGUUUUCGUCCACAUAUAUUUUUCGGAGUGGUAAAAGUAGUAUUCCGAAAGAAGUACUUUGAGACCAAUAAAACAGAGUCAUAAUUAGAAGUCACAAUGUCAAGGGGACGUAAUUAUUCAAAAUGUCUUAAUACAGCGAUAAAUAUUAUUCUAUUUAAAAAUUAAUUUACUACCCAGUCUUAUUGAUCAUAUCGACUCCAUAAAUCAACUUAUUUAAAUAGACUUACAAUCGACCAAUUUGACUGAAAACCGGCAGUAGCGAAAUCGAUUUAACUAUAAAUAUACUAAGCCUUAAAUCAAAACUAAAUUUAACCAAAUUCAACGAAAUCUUAAAUCGAUUAAAGCUUAAUUUAACUAAAUAAGUCUUAAAACUAUUUAAGCUUAUAUCGAUUUAAGCUUAUAUAGAUUUAACGACUAAGUCUUAUAUCGAUUUAAGCUUAAAUCGAUUUAACGACUAAGUCUUAUAUCGAUUUAAGCUUAAAUCGAUUUAACGACUAAGUCUUAAAACGAUUUAAGCUUAAAUCGAUUUAAGAAAAAAUAGAUUUAACGACUAAGUCUUAAAACGAUUUAAGCUUAUAUCGAUUUAAGAAAAAAUAGAUUUUACGACCAAGUCUUAAAUCGAUUUAAGCUUAUAUCGAUUUAAGAAAUAAAGGACUAAGUCUUAAAUCGAUUUAAGCUUAAAUAGAUUUAACGACUAAGUCUUAAAACGAUUUAAGCUUAAAUAGAUUUAACGACUAAGUCUUAAAACGAUUUAAGCUUAUAUCGAUUUAACGACUAAGUCUUAAAUCGAUUUAAGCUUAAAUCGAUUUAACGACUAUGUCUUAAAUCGAUUUAACUAUAUAGAUUUAGAACGAUUUAUUUUAAUUUAAAGUUAUGUAUUUUUAUUAUAAAAAUUAUAUAAUGCUGUUUGUUUUCAUUGUGCCAGUCGCUGAUAAAUAUUUUUACCUUGUUAUAUAAAUUUACGUAGUUAUGUAUUUUUAUUUAUUAAAUUUAUAUAACACCCUAUGGCCAGCUGCUGAUAAUGAUCCACACUUACUACAGCUACUACAGAUACUACACUUACUACAACUAUUACACUUACUACAGCUACUACAGCUACUGCACUUACUACACUAACUACAUACAGCUGCUACAGGUACUGCACUUACUACAGCUACUGCAGCUACUACACUUACUACAGCUACUACUAACUACACUUAGUACAGCUACUACUAACUACACUUACUACAGCUACUACACUUACUACGCUAACUACAUACAGCUACUACACUUACUAAAGCUACUACAGGUACUACAGCUACUACAGCUACUACAGAUACUACACUUACUACAACUACUAAACUAAUUACAGCUACAUACACUUAUGUAGUUUUCGAUUGUGGUGUCAUUCAGUAGUGUUCACAACAUGGAUGUGGUACAUGGGUGUGGUCCGGGACAUUAUACGGUGUUUUACAUGAAGUACACACCCUCGAUUCAGAACCUCAGCGGGAGGCGUCUGUAUACAGGCUACUUAAAAGGAGUGCCGGGCGCUGAUUUGACCAUUACAGUAUACCUGGGCUAUGUUGAAACAGCAUACCUUGAGUUUAUAACCGCUAGAAUCGCAUAAUUGAGUAAAAUCUCGCAUUCUGAUUGGUUAACGAAGCGAGGUAUUUAGUGUGGAAUUGCGAGUUGAAAACGAGGCUAAGCAAUAUUGUUUCGCAUCUACGUAACAACUAUCGUCAAAUUCUAACACAACAACUGCAAAAAAGGUUUUCUACGUGUCAUUUUAAAAUGUUCUCAAAACCAUUGUCACCUUCUGAAGAGUUAAAAACAAACAAAAGCGUUUUUUAUAGUGAGCCGGAGGUUCUUCCUUGUUUUGAACUGAACUACAAAUUCUCGAAGAGGCAUAAAAAACCUCUUUCCCUCGAGAAAACGAGAAAACUAGAAAAUCUUGUGAUCACGGCCUAGAAAAUGGCAAGCCAAAGUUCAACCAAACAAAACGGAGAAGCGACAACGGAGGAAGUGCCGGGGUCGAUUGUCACAUAUAUAUACAGGAGAAGAAAUAAAUACCUUCAAAGACGACAUGGCCCCUCAGUGAAAACACGAAAAAGAGUACGCCGCUUGCAAUCGUCCUGAAUCGUGAUACUUAGAAAAGUACAAAACAGAGCUGAACUUGAACAGCAUUUCCAAAACAUUUCAAGGUACUUAUACCAGAUAUCAAUAGCGACGUUAAAUUUUCAGUGCUUUCGCUUGGACACUUCAUUUCUUUCAGUUUUGCCGCCGAAGAGGUAAAAGGUGUAAAUUAUUUUCCUUCUCGAGCAAAUGACCAAUUUGAAAAAGAUGUUAUAGAUAAACGGCCUGUAAAUUAAGUGAAAUACCUCUAUUUAUCGUUACGAUUAGUGUGAAGCUUGUUUACAUGUAAAAAAGUUUGAAAACAAAUCUAAAAACAAGCACAAGGUACAAAAAAAGUUGUCGAAGGGUCAAACGUGUACGACUGACCUUGCUUCCUAUUCGCUAACGCAAUGACAGUUGUGACAGUUAACUUUGAAAUGGCUUUCUGGAGCGCGCGCUCAAGAUAAAAAUAAACAAUAUUAUUGCCUUGUUCCUUUUUUUUCUGAUUUUUAUUCAGUUAUGCGAUUCAAGGAAAAACCAUUACCUGACUCGUGAAUUCCACGUUAAAUUGCACUUGAAAACCGAUAUCGCACUCAUCGCUCUCGAUAUCGGUUUUCGCGUGCAAUUUAACGUGGAAUUCACGAGUCAGGUAAUGAAUUUUCCUAUAGAAUCAGGGGCAUCCUAGAUACAAAUGUUGCCUACAAUUGCCUAUUACUUAAUAUUGAGGUCCUUGAGGAUAGCUAGAAAUUUCUAGAUGACCUUUCCCUUCAUGCACAAUUUUCGAAGCCUAUCUAAUCAGGGGCACCCAACGGCUGUUUUCUGUAAAAUAUCUGUUCACAGAAGCAAAAAUUGCGUAGAAUUUUCUAUACCUUGAGGAAGGCUAAGAAUUUCUAGAUAACCGUUCCAUUCAUGUACAAUUUUCGAAGCUUACCUACUAAAUUUCCCACGAUUUGCUAAAGUUUAAUUUUUGCAUUUCACUCCCUCGGAUUGAGCUGUUUUUCACAGAAAAAGCAAACCUAAAAUUUUCGGAUUCGAAAAUGUGAUGGAAAGAGGAAUCAGAAAAAUUCUCGCUUUCGUAAAACUUUCGAUUGCAUCAAAGAUUUUCGGGACAAUAAUACUGAAGCCCUGGUAAGUUCGAAAAGACUCAAGUUGCCAUAGGAUUCAGACCGAACAGAUAUAAAUUUUAUGGCGCCGAUAAGAAUUUAUUUCUAAAGAUUUAAAAGUACUUUGGCUAGACUAAAAAGUGUUUCAAUGCAUUUAGGAGGAAACCGUCGUUGGGUGCCCUCUGUCCAAUAAAUUUCCCACCAUUUUCUAAAGUGUAAUUUUUCAUUUAACCCCCCAGACUAAGACAUUUUUCGUAGAAAAAAGGAAAUUUGACAUUUUCGGAUCCAAAAAUGUAAUGAACAGAGGAAUUAGACGGAAAUUCUCAAUAUCGUAAUACGUUAAAUUGUUUCUAAAAUUUUCGGAGAAAAGAUGCAACUGAGCCCUUUUAAUUUCGAAAAGACUCAAGUUGUUCUACGAUGACCGAACAGAUACAAAUUUUAUAGCCCCGCUUAGAAUGCAUUUUUAGAGAUCUACAUGUACUCUGGAUAGCCUAAAAAGUGUAUUUAGGAGGAAAUCGUCGUUGUUUGCCCCUGUAAAAUCAUUUCUCAAUUAUUUUAAUUCUUUUACAUUUAUGAAACCAAGGAGUAGAAGAAGGCAGCCGUACAGAUGUCUAUGUUUCCAUCCAUGGUCAAGAUAUCGACAACUGUGGCCCACAGAAUGAACCAUGCCGGUCCAUACCAAAAGCGGUUCAACAGGUUGAAAACAACGGGCGAAUUCAUCUUGAUGGUUCUGGAACGAACGAUCAGCCCUUUGACUGUAAGAGUAGACUGGCGAAUGAUCAAAGUUGGGGAAUUUCUAUUGAUAAAAGUAUGUCCAUAGAACGCCUCGAUUCUACUCCACAUGUUAACUGUGAAAACGGAUUUCGCUUUCAUAAAGAUAAAGUACGAAUGAAAAUUAUCUUGUCUGGGAUUGCAUUCGAGCACGCGCCGCUUGUCUUUGAUGAUUGUAACAGCGUUCAGCUUAUAAACUGCUCUUUCAAGAACGCCGGGAAAAGAGCAGCCGUCAGCGUUCUGACGCAAAAUAUUCCAACUGUCUUCUUAAACAUACAGGGACCAUCUCUGUUUCUGAACAACCAACGGUGCAUUGAAGUCUGGAUAAGUAACAAAAGGGGAGUUUCCCUCACGCUUGGCGUGAACAACACCAUAUUUCAAGAGAAUGGCCUUCAAUCUAAUCAGUCAACUAGAGCUGUGAUUUCCAUACGAACCAACAUUAAAUCCAAUUCAUCAGUACGAACUGAUAUUUCAGUAAACAAAGUCACAAGCGUCGAAAACAAGGCUCCUUUCAUGCUGCUAGUUGUACCGACAGCUAACACAAAGGAAGUAUACAGCCAUGUAAAACUAUUAAACAAUAACUUGAGGUCAUCUACCAAAACAAACAGUGCCAGGCGCUAUAUGGAUAGCAUGUACAUAUCCCAAGUAAGAAAAACUGAUACAAGAUUUCAUCACUUUCUCUGCGGUAACAACAGCAAUGAUUUGGCAUUAAGGUGCAUUAAGAUUUCUUCCAGCAAGGCUGACGUGACUAUAGAGAACUCUUCAUUUGUCGGGCAAACUGUGACGACAGGAAAGGGUGGAGCCUUGAGUAUUGAAUGCAAAGGCAGUGCUUCCUUGGUUGUUAAAAACACUACUUUUGAGCGAAACAAGGCAUAUUCUGGGGGCGGUGCGAUUUCUUUCAACAGCGUAAAAGGAAAUCUAAGGCUUGAACUCACUAACGUAAAUUUUUCUGAAUGUGAAUCCGGAACCCAGGGCUCUGCGGUUCUGGUUGGGAAAACUCACAGUCUCAUAGCUAAACCGAUAAACUAUGUUUUGUACGCGCAUUUCAGAAACGUCCGCGUCAAAAACUGUGCCUGUUCACACAGCAGUAUUGGUGUUAUGUUGAAAAGUGGGUUCGUGGAAUUUAAACGUUUUCACUGGGAAAACACUGUUUCAAAGGUCUCUGGAGGUAUAUUCGUAGCAAGUACUGGUACUUGGAAGACAAAUGUUUCAAUUUUGAAGUCUAAUUUCACCGACAGUCAUUACAAUGGAAGUGUUUUCGUGAGAAUCGAAGCGCUGAAAAAACACAGAGGAAAGGUCUUGCUAGCCAACACUUCUAUGUACAAUAAUCAAAAUAUAGCGUUGAUAAUCAACCCAAAAUACGAAAUUUUGCUCAAGAACGUGACCAUCGCGUAUUGCAGACACGGAUUACAGACAUCCAAUGAAUGGUUGCUUCCCAGCGAACUUCCUUUGAAGCCUGUCGAAAUCCUAAUUGAAAACUGCACUUUUAAAGGCAAUGUCUACGAUGUGUCUAUAACUGUAAGAGAGGCUCGGUCAGCAUCGUUCACAGUGAACAACACGAAUUUCAUCGGCCAGUCAAACGGUCACGCGAUUCGAUUCUAUAUGCCCGCAGUGGGGAACAAAACCAAAACAUCGAGAGCCACAGUAAAAAUAGACAAAGUGAUUUUUGAUGCUCGUCCUGCCAGCUGUUUCGCCCUUUAUUUCCAAGGAAAGAAGUAUGUAACCAUACGCCGGUCGACUUUUCGCCACUGCACGUCUGUUAACCAAGAGCUGUGGAACUAUGGUGAUAGUAAGUUUGCUUAUGAGACGGCAACAGGUGCUAUUUCGAUUCUCUCCAACCUGGACAAACGCUACAAAACAGGGUGUGUCCAACGAAACAUAACCAACAACACUCACCCUUUAUGGAGAUACGACACUCACGUGACUGUUGAAGAUACGUUAUUUCAAGAGAACACUGGGCUCAAUGGGGGUGCAGUGUAUCUUAGUAACGGAAACACUACUUUUCGGAAUUGUUCAUUUGAAAACAAUUUGGCAGCAAUGAACACAGGUCAAGUUUAUUCCGCCUAUGGAACUGGUCGAGUAGAAUUCGUCAACUGCUCUUUUGUUAGUAGCACGUACCAUGCAACUAUCUCUGGCAGGAAAUUCAAAAAUGUUGCCUUCUUUUAUUCUGAAAGCGGAGGACCCAUCAAGUUUCGGAACUCGUCUAUGUUUUCGAGCACCUCUACAAGGCGUUCGUUUUCUGUGUUGGCAGUUUACAACGGAGGAUACGUUGAUAUCGACCGCGAAACUAGCAUUCGCUGCGAAGGAAGUCAGAUGUCCCUCGCAAAUGCAACACGUUUUGUAUACACCGAAAAAAGACAACGCUUGUGCAUAGAAAACGUGACGGUCCUUUCGUUUUCCUGUAAGCUUUGCUCUCCCGGAUAUUACAGCCUACAAACUGGCUUUUCAAAAGGUCUUGCUGUAGAUGAUUCAUUCCAGUGUCAUCCAUGUCCUUUGGGAGCUACAUGCAUAAGAAACGAAUCAAGCAUCGCGGCAGUAGAAAACUUCUGGGGAUACAAUGUGUCGGAAAGCGAUGCACAAGUACUCAACUUUGUUCCCUGCCCCAAGGGUUAUUGCCGCUCACCGAGCCCGCAAUCGUUAGUGUACAACAGUUGUCACGGAAACAGGACUGGUUUUCUGUGUGGCCAGUGUGCGCCUGGUUACACUGAAUCACUAUUUAAUUCUGAGUGCAGAAAAACAGCUCAAUGUAAAGAUUACCUCUUCUGGGUAGCGAUAAUUCUCUUCUCGGCUGCCUUGGCGCUAUAUCUGCUAAUUGAUCCUCCUUUGCUUCGACUUCUCAGUCCACAACAAAUUUUAUGGUUCAUGAGAAGACAAAGCGAAGAGAGCAGUGAAAACUGCGAAGAGCGAGACAGUGGUUAUACAAAAAUCGCCUUCUAUUACUACCAAGUCGCCGAUUUGCUGUUAAGCAAUUCUCUUGACGAAAUGCCCCUCGUUGUUGCUCUGAUUUCAGCGUUCAAUUUUGAAGUCCGCGCUUCUUAUCUAAGAAUCGAUUGUCCAUUUCCGGGACUAACCCCAGCCACCAAAGAACUGCUUCUUUCUUUGGUGGUGGUCGCAACAAUGGCGAACCUCGCCCUCAUUUUCUGCGCCCACUUGGUUAUCAGCAGAUACCAUAAGAAGUUGAGAAAGCCAUCGUUGAGCCGUUAUAUGGCCGUCUUCUUGGAGAUAUUGUUGCUAGGAUACGAUAGACUGGCUGAAACUUCGUUGGCACUGAUGCACUGUGUGAGUACUGGGGAUGAGCAUCGACUUUUCAUUGAUGGUACCACGAUCUGUUGGCAGCCGUGGCAAUACAUCCUUCUUGGGUACAUAAUCGUGUUUGUGGUACCCUUUAUCGCAGUCCUGUACUUCGGUUCUUCAAAGCUGCACAGUUCUUCCAUUUCUUCAGGUGAAUUUCUCGCAGCCUGUGUUAUUCCUUUGCCAUUUCUAAUCUAUUGGCUAUUCAAGCACGUGUUCAAGAGAAGAAAUGAAGAAAAUGGUAGCGAAGAAGCUGCAGCAAGGCUGAACAAUAGCGCUGAAGUAAUGAAGGUCCUAGACGAGCCAUUUCGCGCUCCUAAUGAUCGAGGUGAAGGCACUCAUUACUGGGAGAGCGUUAUGAUUGGUCGACGGCUCGUCCUUCUUACAUUUCACUCGUUCAUCCAUAACGCUAUGAUCCGACUUUUCUUCAUGGCUAGCGCAUGCGACUUCAUGGCCAUCCAACACAUAAUCAAGGCCCCAUUCCGGAGUAAAACCGCUAACAAAGCCGAAACAAUGUCCUUAGUCACCUUGGCAAUCAUCGCCAAAAUCAGCCUGGUAAAGGCCACUCUCCUGUCUUCCGGAAUAAGUGCCAAGGGAACAAACAAGGAUUUCCUGGAGGGACUUCAGUGGUUCGAAUUAGCUGCAAUGGGACUUGUUCCUGCAUUCUUGUCCUUGCUAGCUGCUUUAGCUAUUUUGUCGCAAACAUUCCGUUUGAUUAUUUAUAUUGUCAAGAAAAUUGCCCGACGCUUUCGAAAGGAUAACAUUAGUGACCCACCAUCUAUCGAUGAACUAACAGAUCCUCUUUGGAGUAGUAGCCAAGAUGAUGGUAGCUGUUAACGGUUACAUUAAGGGGGGCAGGGGGGGAGAGGGGGCGAGGGUAUGCUAUCGCCUUUGUCGGUCAUUUCGCCUAGAAAGUUAGGAAUAAAGUCCCUGUCGCGUUUUAGCUAGUAACAAAAUGUCGCUGCUGCUACAGCAUAAAUUUUUGAUACUCAGUAUAGGAAUUUAAGGCAAAUAUAGAGCCUGGAAAGAAUUUUAAAAUUGUUAUUAACCUUGCUCCCUGAAAUGACCGUUCUUGAACAAUACCAUACGUAGAUAACGUUACAAAGAAAGUUUGGAAAUGACGGAAAAGAAUUUUGUAUUUCGCUGCCGAAACAGCCGAAAUGCAAUGUGAACAGAUGCCGCUUUCUCUUCUUAAAAAUGGAUUGUCGCUGUCACAAUUGAUUCCUUCUUUUCUGUCGAUUGUUGGUGCUUUCUGAGAGGACUGUCCCCAGUUUUUGGUGCCGUGUUGCCUUUCGCUUCUACCCUUUGGAAGGCCUCAACAUUGCUACCUGUUACCAUGCCAACAACUUCCAAAGAAAUUAAUUGAUCAGGGGCAGACGGGAAGGGAAGAUGUGAGCCUCCCUCCCUCGCUUCCCUAGUGUUUUGGUUAUGCUGUGAAGUUUGCUUAUUUUGCCCCUUGUGAUAUAAAUAAAACUACCGCCGGCUUACCAUGAAAUUUUCUGAACUUUGAUGCCGUCUUAAAGAGAUUUCCCGUAAUAUCCUAUCCCAAGCCAAUGCCUUAGAAUGUUUUAGAUGAAUGUCUAAAUGUCCUAUUUAACUAGGGUGAAGAGAAUUUGGAGAUAUACCCUUGGCAGUGAAGACGGAAAAUAGUGGGCGAACUUGUAGCCUUUUGCCUUACUGAUCUUGGGAAUAACUCUUUAAUACCCUGAAGCUUAAGUUUUAGUUUUAGUUUUAUCAACUCAAUUAUUAACUGAUUGUUAAUUAUGUCAUCAGUACUAUACCACAAUUAUUUAUUACCUUUUUUGCACAUAUUUAUUUAUUCAAUUUUAUUCCUGCACUUUGCACUCGAAUUUGUUAGACGUCCUUAUACGAUUUUGCAAAUAAAUUAUGUAGAUGUAGAUGUAGAUGUAGAAGCAUAUGUUUGUGAUUUAUGAUUCUAAUUUCAAAAUAUAAACCUAAUUAUAGCACAACUCAUCACCUACCUACUAGUUGUCAAACAAUUUUCUGUCAGUGACGAGAACAAUAUGGAAGAACUGAUUCUAGCUUGAGUUUACAUGUAUCUGCAUAUGAAAAAGGAAGUAUUCUGUAUAAAUUAUGACAUGGUAGAUCAUUGGUUGUUUGUUCUGUAGUUUUUGCUAACUAAAUAUCUAUGGGUUUUCUAUGCAAUAAUUGGAUUAUAUAGCUUAAACAGUACACUGUUAAAAGCAAAUAAGGAAUAAGUAUUUCGUGAUUAAACUGUUAACAUGUUCACCAUUCUGCUUUAGUUGUGCUCAGCAUUGCAGUUGAUUCUCGUCUUGUAUAGAGUCAAAAACUUGAUGGCGGUUUUUAAGAUUUUAAGCUGUUCCAAAGAAUUGUAAACAAUGACUUGUAAGCAAGCAUCUGUCACCAUGGUGAUAUCCAGGUGACUAUCCUUUAGUGUUACCAAGGUAGACGAGGACAUUGUGAAUAUAUGCUGGCAAAUAAGCAUAUGUUGAGUAAACAGACAUCGCAAAAAUUGUCACCAAUGUUGCAUCUGUGACAGGCAUGUUAAGGAGGACAAAAUAAAUACUUUGCUAAAACAUUUCUGUUGGAGAAGCUUCACUGUCUAUAAGAUGCAGACUACAUUAAAAUUUGACAUUACAA